UUUCAUUUGUUUCGAUAGACAAAUCUCUACACUCAAACUCAAAAACAAAAUGUUCAAAUUCACUGUUGUCAUCUUCGCCUUGAUUGCCUGCGCCGCUGCCAAACCCGGUUUGAUUGGUGCUCCUUUGGCUUAUACUGCUCCUGCCGCUGUUGUAGCUGCCCCUGCCGGUGUUGUUACUGCCACUAGUAGCCAAUUUAUUGCCCGCAACCACAAUGGUAUUGUCUCUGCCCCAGUUGUUGCUCCAGUAGCUGCCCCUGUUGUUGCCAAGACUGUUGCCUACACUGCUCCAGUUGCUGCUGCUUACACUGCCCCAGUUGUAGCCAAAUACGCUGCUGCCUACGCUCAUCCUUUGGCCUACUCUGCUCCCGUUGUUGCCAAAUAUGCCGCCGCUUACUCUCAUCCUUUGGCCUACUCAGCUCCUUUGACUUAUGCUGCUGCCCCUGCUCCAGUUUAUUUGUAAAACAGUUUUCUAGUGAAAUUUUUUGAUUGUUGGAAAAAAUAAACGAAAUUAUUUAUUAAAAAAUAA